AUGAUUCGUCGUCUUAUCUCUGCUGGAGGCGAAGACAGAGGUGGCGUUCUCUUCAAGCUUUCGGUGCGCCUAAAUCUUCACGAACUGGCAUGUUGCCUUCUGGCCAGUCGUGUGCGGCCUUCUGCCUUCCGUCCUGGUCACCUUGAGGUUGACUGGUCGGGUCAACAGCUUUGCCAACUGCUCGGUCUGGCCGUCGAAGCGACAGACUUGCACAGCUCAGUACAGUGUGAACAUCCUCAGCACAUGCAAUUGUCUGAACUUCUUAAUCAACAGCAGAAUGUUUUGGUCGAUUGGUUGUCGCAGUCGUGUCGCGACGCCAAAGCACAGAAAGAGUUGGCUCGUUGGCCUUUAUGGAGGAACUCUUUCGUCAGAGGACCUGCAGCCGGCAUUUUUCAGGCGGCUAAUGCUUGUGUCAAC